AUGAGAGAGCAUCAAAGAGAUACUGAAAAUUUAAAUGAGGGAGAUGGUGUGAGAGAGCCAGUUACAGAUAAUGGGAAGAGAGCAGAAGCUAUUGCCAGUGAUCAAGCUACUGCCACUCUUAAUGAUGAUGACACUAGGAGCAUAAACAGUGUAGAGGAUGAAGAUGAAAGGGUGAGAUGUCCAAAGUUUAAUGAGAAGACUGGCAUGAGUAACCCAAAGUUAUGCAAGGGUAUGAAGUUCCCAAAUAGGAAGGUGUUUAGGGCUACCUUGAGGGAAUAUGUAGUGAAAAAGCCUGUGGGCAUUAAGUUCAAGCUUAAUGAAAAGACCAAAGUUUCUGUCCACUACAAGUAUGAAUGUGGUUGGAAGAUAUAUGCAUCACAGAUUACAGGGGAGUUAACCUUCCAGAUAAAGGCCAUGGCAGUUUCUGGUGUGAAGCAUCGAGUUUUGCAGGAUGUGUAUGUGGACUUGAGCAUAAAUCAAGUGUACAGAGCUAAGAGGAAAGUUAGAGAAUUCAUACUCGGUGAUGAGAGGUUGCAGUAUGGGAAGCUUAGGGACUAUGCAGAGAUGAUAAGAGUAACUGAUGUGGGGAGUAAGGUGAUUCUGCAAACUGAGAUUACUGAGCCUAACACACAACCUAAGUUCAAGAGGAUGUAUGUGAGAUACAAUGCACAGAAAGUUGGAUUCUUGGGAGGGUGUAGGCCACUUGUAGGAUUAGAUGGUUGCCAUUUGAAGGGCAAGUUUGGUGGCCAUAUAUUAUUAGCAACUGCAAGUGAUGUGAAUGACAAUAUUUUCCCUGUUGCAUUAGGUGUAGUUGAGCAAGAAAACAAGGAUUCUUUGGUGUGGUUUUUACAAACAUUUGCAGAUGAUAUUAGGAGGCCAAAUAAGCUGAAUCUGGUGUUCAUUUCAGAUAGGCAGAAGGGAUUGAUACCUACCAUGGAGCUUUUGUUCCCAACAGUUGAACAUAGAUUUUGUGUGAAACAUAUUUACAACAAUUUUAAGUUAAACUUCAAGGGUUUAGAAUUGAAGGCUGCAUUAUGGAGGUGUGCUGCAGCAACAACAGUUAGAGAGUUUGAGAAGAGAAUGCAAGAUAUGAAGGAAUUGGACAAUGAAGCAUGA